CCAAACGCGCUGAGCCCGACCCCGACCGACGGGCCCGCGUCGCCUGAACUGACCGGAGCGCCUCCCCCAAACCCUCGCCCCCGCGCCGGCCCGCCGAUGGCGCACCACCCCUCCUCGCCGCCGCCCGGGCCGCCGCCUGCGACGCCCACCGUUCCCGUGCCCGCGCCUGCUCCCGCUCCCGCCUCGGAGUCGCCGCCUACGCAGGCGGCGGCGGGGGCGGGGGCGGCGACGGAGCCCGCGCUGACGGCCGCGCAGAAGGCGCUCCGCUCCAAGCCGUCGCGGUCUCCCGAGGACCCCGACAAGAAGAAUAAAAAGCUCAAGGAUGUGGAGAUCAGUUUUCCGAUUGUUUAUGGAACCAUUUCUUUCUGGCUUGGUAAAAAAGCAAGCGAAUACAACUCUCACAAAUGGACUGUAUUCAUCCGUUCUGCGACAAAUGAGGAUUUGAGUGUCAUAGUUAAGCGUGCAGUGUUCCAACUUCACCCAAGUUUCACUAAUCCAACAAGAGUUAUAGAGCAACCGCCUUUUGAGUUGUCUGAAUCUGGAUGGGGAGAGUUUGAGAUUGCAAUAACCCUUUAUUUCCACAGUGAUGUCUGUGAAAAGCGCUUGGAUUUGUUUCAUCAACUUAAGCUGUAUCCGGAAGAGGAUGCCGGACCUCAAUCAACCAAAAAACCUGUUGUGGUGGAGACAUACGACGAAGUUGUCUUCCCUGAACCCACAGAGUCAUUUUUCCUACGAGUGCAAAAUCACCCAGCUGCUACUGUGCCUAGGCUACCUCCUGGUAUAACCUUGCCUUCACAAGGCCCUAUGGAACUUAUGCCACAUGAUAAGAAGCGUUAUGACAAUAAGGAUCAUCCUUUGAGCCAGUGGUUCUCGAAUUUCUCUGAAGCAGAUGAACUAUUAAAACUGGCUGCUGCCCGCCAACAGGUGCAGGCUCACAUUGCCAAGCUGAGAAGGCAGUUGAGCAUGAUAGAGGGAAUGCCCCAGCAACCCAAAGCUGUCUCUGUUCUCAGCCAACAGUUUGGGCACAGCUAAAUUAGCUAUCGAUGUUGUAAGGAAGAUGUUGGAACCUGAUAACACCUCUCUAACAGAAUGUGACGAGUGUAUCACUGUAUCUCCAUUGAAGCUAUUGCCUUAGGCUUGCAAUCAGUGUUUACCUGCCAAUGUGCAUAUUCUACGGAUUGUACUGCCUUUGUGCAUCUCAAGGGAACAGUACUUGCUUCUCCUGCUUUUCUAUGUCCCCAUUUCUUUGCCCCUCCACACUAAAAAGGUCUGUCUGUACUGUUUGUUUUCUUUUGUCGUUUUGCUAUAUGAGGAUAUGGAUAUGCUGUGGAAAUCAGCCAUGACAGCUAGUUUGCUUGUUCUAACUCUGAUAGCAGUACUAAUAGUGUUGAGUGUUUGACAUUCUUGACCCAGUAACAUGAUAUGCUUCUCCAUUCUAUGCAUCCAUUAGCGUA